CACGUCUCUAGACAAGUAAAUAAUUUUUCAAAGUUAACAGCUGCUCUACAAUUCCCGGUCUAAUUUAGUUUGUUUAAAAAUAAUAAGAGGUUAAUAUUUUGAGUAUGAAAUCAACUAUUAGCGUCAUUGUUUUAACACUGAUUUCAUCAACAAAGAUAUUAGUAAAAGCUGAUAAUAAAUGCAAUGAAUCAAAUGCGACAGCUAAAUUAGUAAAUUCGUGUCCGAAAACAGCAAGGGAUUGGAAUGAGGCAGCUAACAGGAAGGGCUGUAGAAAUAUGACACACUCUUGUACUUCAUUCGAAUACCACUGUGUAAUGAAUGCGUGGAGAAAUGAAACGAUAGAAGUAUGCGCACCAAGUUGGAGUAUUGUAGGAAUGUCAUGUGCAGAAUAUAACUUUGGUGGGAAAAGGAUUCAAAAGGGCAAAGCUGAAACAUGUAAUACAUGCCCGACAACUUACUUGUCAACGGAGAGUUAUAAAUAUCAAGAGUGUUACGUAAUGAAGUCGAAAAAGAUGCCAGAAUUGCAUUGGACAACUGAGUCAGCUACUAUUAGCCUUAUAACUCCUGAACGUAAUAUAUCGUCUUUAGCAACAGCUUGGAAUCAAGAAUUAGAUUAUACUUACACUAAUUCAGAAAGUAUUCCCAGUCCUUUAAUUAUCAGUAUUAUUUGCAUCGUCGUUGGAAUCCCUGUAUUAGCUAUUGUCGCACUCGUAGUUAUCAAAUGGCGAAAGAACUUGUCUUGCUCAGGAAUAUGCCGGCCAACAAUUGAAGAGAAUAGGGCGCGAUCAGAGGAAUACUCGACAUCAGAAACCAUAGAUUCAUUUGAGGAAGAAAAAGAACAGCUUACAAAAGAGAUUUCAAACAAUCAAGGACUAUACUAUGAAUCUAAUGAAACCAAUGACAGAGACACAAUUUAAGACAUCAAAAAGCUGAAUCUUAAUUUUUAAGAAAAUAGUUCUGUAAUAUACUAUGAAGAAAUUGUUUUUAAUUUGUUAUAUUUUUACUUUUUACAUAUACAGGUAGUUGUGCUACAUGUAUAAAAAGAAAUCCUCAUUUUAGUGACCGUCGUAAAUAUUUGUUAAAUAUAGCAAAUAUCUUUGAUGCAUACCUUUUUAUAAAAGAAUUAGUAAUGAAAAUAUUAAUGUAAUAGAAAAACGAAAUGCAUUAAAUGAUCAUAAAUUAUUAUUUAUAAGUAAAGAUCCAUAACUGUGAUUUAAACAAGAAACUUCUUCUAAAAUACCAUUAUAUCAUAUAUGAUAUCAGUAUUGAUUAAUCCGCAGUGGCAAAUUUCAGUAAAUGUUAUAUCCGUAAAAGGUAUCUGACAAAUUUUAAUUUAUUCGCACAGAUCACGCCUCGUACUAUUUUGUAAACUAAAUUAAGAGUAAUUCAUGUAAAUCUACAAUUACAUGUUAAGUACUUAUGAACUAUUUUGACGCAUUUGUCUUGAGAUACAAACACAUAUACAGUUUCAAAAUAAAUGAGAUUAUCAUACUGUUUUCUUUACAUGCGGAUACAAUUCGUUAAGACGUACAUUUAUACUUCGCGUACUAAGAGUUGAUUAAGUUCAUUCUUUGCUAUUUUGUCAAGCACAACAGUGCGAGAUUUAUUCUAUUUAAGGCAUUUUUUUACUUUCAACAUUAAGCGAAAACAGUAUAUUAUGCUGACAAGUGAACUAUAUUACAAUUAUUUCUAUAAAAGGACAACUUGUUAUCAAAAUAUAUUCAAACAACAAAUGGUUAGGCGUCUGGAAUGUGUAGAUAACGUUUUAGUUGUAUCUUUUGUAUAAAAAUGGGUAAAUUGAUGAGUUAUCUUUAUAACAAACAAUUUAGACAU